UCAUAUUGUUUUUGAUCAUGCAUGUGAUCGAUUAUUGUUUAACUUGUUCUGAUCGGCUUAUUUACUUUAUAUUUUGUUUGUUCGGUUCGAAUUGGCGAGCUAUGUGGCGACGGAGCUCUCCUCGACAAGGCCGUCUCUGUCCUCGUCAGCGACGGAGCUCUCCUCGACGGCACCGUCUCUGUCCUCGACGGUGAUGAAGCUGUCUCUCGGUGGUGACAGAGCUCUCUCACUUUCCUUCUCCUCGAAUCAAAGAGUGCGUGGCUCGAAGUUACAAGAAGAAGGAACCGCGAACGAGAGGAGUGCAAAGCAGAGCAAUACAGGUAAAUGUCUACUCCUUUCGAAUUUAUUGAGUGCUUUAAUGUUGAGUUAGGUUGUUAAUGGUUGGGUUAGUAAUAAAUAGGUGUAAUGGCUAGGUUGAUGGUUAGAUAGAAAACGUGAUGAAGUGUGAUGAAUGUGUUUGGUUGAUGUCAAGUCCAUUUAGUAGUUUCUUCCCUUUAAAAUAGCGUUCUUUGCUUUCUCUCUUCUGGCAUCAACAUUGCUUCUUCUUGUCUUCCUUUUAUCUGUUGAACUCUCUUCUUUUUUCCUUUCUUUCUGUGACAUUCUUGGGGAUGGAUUCCAAUCCAUACCGGCAUGGUAGUAACUUUGUUGAUCUCCUUACGAGUCAACAAAGCGUCUUUAGUUUAGUUGAAGAAACUGUCCCUGAAGACAUUCCUGUUGAGCGUAAGGAACGCCGGAUGUGGACGCCUGUAGAAGAUAUGGUGCUCAUCAGCUCCUGGCUCAACACAAGCAAGGAUCCAGUAGUGGGAAAUGAGCAACGGUCUGGGGCAUUCUGGAAUAGGAUCGCCGCUUAUUUUGCGGCAAGUCCCAAGGUUGCAGCCACUGAACACCGAGAAUCAACUCAUUGCAAGCAGCGUUGGCACAAGAUCAAUGAUCAAGUCAACAAGUUCUGUGGGGUUUUCGAAGCAGCAACCAGAGAGAAGACAAGUGGGCAAAAUGAGAAUCAUGUUCUCAACAGAGCUCAUGAAAUCUUCUUCACCAACCACCGAAAAAAAUUUAUUCUUGAGCACGCUUGGAAGGAGCUUCGAAAUGAUCAAAAAUGGUGUGCCACUGCUACAUCUAAAAACGAAGGAAGCAGUAGAAGGAGGAAGUUAGACGAGGGUUCACAGUCUGAGACUUCACACGCUGUUGAGGAGGAGCGUCCCCCGGGUGUUAAGGCAGCAAAAGGGAAGAACAAGAAUGUCAAGGGGGAGGAAAGGCUGUCACAGUUUCAGACUAUGUGGGAAAUAAAACAAAAAGACUUGGUCUCCAAGGACACGCUAUCAAGAAAUCGGAUACUUGACCGUUUACUUGCAAAGCAAGAGCCCUUAGAUGAGGUCGAAAAUGCUGUUGUGAAAAAGCUCCUAGCUGAGUUGUUGAACUAGUUUAAGUAUGGGUUUAAGAGUUUGUGUUGAACUAGCUUAGUUGAACUAGUUUAAGUAUGGGUUUAAGUCUUUGGUCACGUUGAUUUUAUCUUGUUGUUGUUCCUCUGUUGUAUGUUGGUAACGUGAUAAUAUAAAAACGUGUUGUUGUUUCACUUGUUGUUGUUGUUUCACUUGUUGUUGUUUCACGUGUUAUGUUGUUGUGAGUCUUGUUGUUGUUUCACGUGUUUCACUUGUUGUUGUUUCACGUGAAUUUAUGUUGUUCUUUCUUUCUUGGCAGACUAGAGCAUUGAGUCACGGAGGGUGAGUGAAGAAAAGACAAGAGAGUUCGUCACGGACACUCAUGUCACGGAGCGUGAGUGAAGAAAAGACAAGAGAGAUAGUGAGUCACGGACACACAUGUGAAGAUAAGAGAGUUCGUAGAGAGUUGUAUCACAUUUUGUCUUGUAUUAUUUUGUAGCAUAACUCAUGUCACGGACACAAGUUUUCAAAGGGUGUAUAAAUGAAACUUUAUAAACACAAGUUCUCAAGUUAUUUCAAACUUCCAUAUCAAGUCCACUUCUCUCUCUCAAGUUAUUUCAAACUUCUUCUAUCUCUUUUAUAAACACUUAAUCACUUUCUUCCUUCACAAGUUCUUCUAAAUCUCUCACUUUAUAAACACUUCAACACUUAAUCAAUUUCUUCAUUCACGUUAAACUCUUAAUCACUCUCUAUAUAAACUUUUUUUAAUCACGUUAAUGGCUUCUUCUUCUUCUCACAACACUUUCAAUGACGCUUUUCAUGAUACAUUUGAUGAUACAUUUGAUGAGCUAUUUGAUCAACAUUUUGAUCAAGCAUUUGAGGAUUUUACCAUUCAAGCAAAUCAAGAAGAACGAAGAAAAAAAAGAAAAAAACGAGCUUAUAUUGAAAGACAUCGUGAAGAAGGGCAUAAUCGUUUAUGGAACGAUUAUUUCAGUCAAACUCCAACAUAUCCUCCUUUAUUAUUCCGACGACGUUUUAGAAUGAACAAGCCAUUGUUCAUGAACAUUGUGGAUCGACUCUCCAACGAAGUUCAAUAUUUUCGGGAAACAAAAGAUGGUCUCGGAAGGAACAGUCUCUCUCCACUUCAAAAGUGUACCGCCGCCAUUCGUGUCUUGGCAUAUAGUUCUGCAGCUGAUACCGUCGACGAAUACCUCCGGCUCGGUGAAACAACAACUCGGUUAUGUGUAGAAAAUUUUGUGGAAGGGAUAAUAAAUUUGUUCGGCGAAGAAUACCUAAGAAAACCAACACCAGCUGAUCUUCAACGUCUACUUGAUAUUGGAGAGUAUCGUGGCUUUCCUGGGAUGAUAGGAAGCAUCGAUUGUAUGCAUUGGGAGUGGAAGAAUUGUCCCACCGCUUGGAAAGGGCAAUAUGCUCGUGGUUCGGGUAAACCAACAAUCGUUUUAGAGGUGGUUGCUUUAUAUGAUCUCUGGAUAUGGCAUGCGUUUUUUGGACCUCCAGGUACGUUAAAUGAUAUCAAUGUUCUUGAUCGUUCACCAGUUUUUGAUGACAUAAUAAAUGGUCAAGCUCCAAAAGUCACUUUCUCUGUCAACGGACAUCAGUAUAAUAUGGCUUACUAUCUCACCGAUGGUAUUUAUCCGAAAUGGUCAACUUUUAUCCAAUCUAUUCGUAUACCACAAGGGCCGCAAGCAGUUUUAUUUGCUCAGCAUCAAGAAGCUGCCCGAAAAGUUGUAGAGUGGGCUUUUGGAGUCUUGCAAGCUCGCUUUGGCAUUGUUAAAAAUCCAGCGAGGAGUUGGGAUAAAGUCAAAAUUGAGAAGAUUAUGAGAGCAUGUAUCAUACUCCAUAAUAUAAUCGUCGAAAACGAAAGAGACGGUUACACUCAAUUUGAUGUUCGAGGGUUCCAACAAGGAGAAGACCAAGGAAGUUCACAUGUUGAUCUCACGUAUUCUACAGAUAUCCCUUCAAAUAUCGCAAAUAUGAUGGGUGUUCGAACAAGAAUUCGUGAUACACAAAAGCAUCAACAACUGAAAGAUGAUUUGGUUGAACACAUAUGGCGUAGAUUUGGAGGUGGUGAAGACAACAAUUGAUCUCUGAUGCUUAUUUCAAAUAAUUCUCGUUCAUUUUAAUAAUCUUUGUUUUCAUGUUUUUAAUUUAAAAUCUAUGUAUAAUAUGUUGUCUUUUAUUUACUAAUAAAUAUAAGUUUUUAAAUAAAUAUUCAAUAUUAUUUUAUUUUCAAGAACUCCAAAGCAAGAGACUUGCAAUGCAGACAUUAAAAUCUCAAGGUUCUUGACAAAGUCUCUUUAACACCUUUAUGCUUUAAAUAUUAUUAAUUUUAUCUCAAGAGACCCUUAAUGGGGUUGUGGGAUAAGGAUGCUCUAACUAGAUUUUGACCCGCGCUUAAAAGCGCGGGUUUGUUUUUGAAAUUAAAUAAAAUUUUAAUGAAUUUCUAAAUAAGAUAAAGCAUUGAUCUGAUAACAUUUAUUGGAGAAUGAAUCAUACCAAACUGAAAAAACGAAACUAACAUUAAAAUGAAUUUUAUAAAUAGCCAAGCAGAUUCUAUAUCUUUGAAACCAAUACUAUGUGGAUUAAAAUUCUAAAUAAAAAAAGAAUCGUUUCAGUAUAUAUAUAAUAUAUUCCCAAUAAAAUACAAUAUAUUCUAAGAAUCGACUUUCU